AUCUGGAUGGACGACGCUGUUGCUCAACCGCCGCUGGACGAGCACGCAGCCGCCGUCAAUAAUGCAGCAGAUAGCACGACAGACAGCACGGACAGCGCUCUCGCCGCAGUCAUUGCCGAGUCGGCCAACACGCCGUCCGUGCCAGUGCCAGGCCCAGUGCUGCUGCACGCGCCCGCUGGCCUGACGAUUGAGGCGAUCGACGGGCUGCUCUUUGAAGUGGAAGCAACGACAGGCUCCACUUCCGCUGUUGCUACUGCUGCUGCUGAUGUUGCUGCUGCUGCUGCUGCUGCUGCUCCAGAACCAACAGUCACACGCAAGCGCGUUGGGACGAACGUGCGCUACCUGCAGCAGCCUCAGAGCGGGGCAGCUGCUCAGGCCUCCGCCUCUGCCACGGCGAGCCUCAUGCCGUGCACCUUCUCGGGACGCAUCUGCGUGGCAGAUCGGAUUCCUGGGUAUGGAUUCUGCGCUCGUCACAUUCUGGAGGACACCACUGCGCCGUGGCGACAGUGCCAGUUUGUCUCGAGCGUCACUGGAAAGCGCUGCCCAACGCCAGUCUCCACCUCGGCCGAGGUGAUGUGCUGCGAUGUUCACGUGCAGAUCAUGAACAUGUCGCACGGUGGUGGUGCUGUUCGUCAGCCAAACCCCUCCUCUUCCUCCUCCUCCUCCUCCUCGGCGGCGGCCGAGUCCGUCGCGGCGGCCUCUUCGGCUGCUGUUGCUGCUGCUGCGGUUGCUGCUUCUGCUGCGGCUGCUGCUCUGGUUGCUGCCCAGCGGAAAAAGCGACCAGUCGAAGAGCUGUCUGCGGACGAGCUGACCAAGGUCAAUGCAGCAAACAGCCAGUUGGCAGCAGUCCAGCAGCAGCAGCGAAAGCGAGUCCGGUUUUUGCAGACGCUGUCCGCACUGGGUGUUUCUGAAGAGAGCACAAAGAUGCUGCAGGUGAAGCAUCUUACGCAGACUACCAACAAACGCAUGGGUGCCUCCCACGAGGCAAUGCAGCUCGCAGCAUCAUCACUCAACGCCGGUCGCGAUGACUCGAGCGACGAAGACAUGGUCGAACCAGACGAAGAGUGGUUUUGCUCGAACGAGGAGGCUACUGUUCCAGGCCCUGACUCGUCCCUGGAACCGUUGGUCUUGCAAGAUGAUUUCCUACGUAUUGAUCCUCUCCGAAAUGCUGAAAUCCUCUCUGAAAAGGAACUGUAUGAAUACCGAAUCUCGUGCAUGGAACGAAUGCGCGAGCUCUACACGCAACAAUUUCAGCGGUUGACGGACGUGCUGGAGCGCAAGUGUCGCUCGCUUGCCCGUACGGCUGAAGAAAUUGCAGGAACGCAACUUGCGCAGCUCCCGCCCAAUGCGUCAAAGUACAUGACCGACAGCCUAUUGGAAUCCGUCGUUUCGUCGCUCUCCGAUCGAGAGGGCACAAUGCCGUUGCUGACUGUCUCAACCCAUCAGCUCAAUAUUAAACGCCACCGUCGGGCAGUGGAUGUGCACAACGCUCUCGCUGCCAUCAGCAAGCGCGCCAUCAGCGAGCAAUUUGACGCGAGCGCGAAAGAUCAGCCAAUGGCCGUUGUCUGCGCUUUCGACAACCCGCUUGGUCGAGGCUGUCUGAACUCACCUUUGCCGCUUUCAAAGUACUGCAGUUCACAUAUUCUCAAGGAUCCGUUGCAAGUCUUGUUUCGCCAAUGCCAGUUUACCGAUUCUCGCUCGGCACAAGAGACCGGGCAGCCAUUGGCCUGCACCACGCCGGUGCUGGUCUCCCAACAUCCCCCGCUGUGUGCAAGCCACCUUCACCUUCAUGCCUUCCCACAGCUGGAUGCACGACGCGACGAAGCCAAUUCGGCUGUGGCCGCGCAGGUUGCCGCCACAGCUCGUGUCACCGCGCCACUCAAACGGUCCAGCCGAGACUCGAUCAGCUCCAGCAGCUCGACAUCCAAACUGCGACGACCCGUUCCAGAUCCUCGGCCACCCUCUGCUCCCUCCCCCAUGUCAGAUGUCACAAUGAUGUCUACCAAUUAAGUUAACCUUGCUGUUCCCAUCUCUCCUUUUUGAUAUUUCGUGUGGUG